AUGAAGAACCUGAAAAUUAAGACUGGGGUCUGCAAGCGGUUGAUGAAAGAGCUGCAAUCUUACCAAAGCGAAGCCGAUAAAGAAUGCAUUAAGGCCAAGAACAUGCGAAGGUCUCAUGCUGACCCUUUCGACAUCAAACAACAGGUACCGAACCCUUUGGAUAUCACACCGCACUGCGAAGUGAGCCAACUGGUUUUCCACGUCUCGAAGACAAAAUUAUUCGAUGAGAGAGCGAGAGAGAGCGUGAAGGAAAUGUUACUCGAGAAGAUUGGAUUCUCGAGAAUAAUUGCAGCGAGGGCUUGGUUUCAGGAACAUGUUGUGGCGGAGUCGUGCUUGACAAUAUCCAAUUGUAGGAAACGACUUGAGACGGCUCUGGCAACUCUCGAAGCAGCAGUGGUGGAUGCGGAAGCUCAAUCCACGGCAGGAGAGAGUGAAGAACUAUCCGCUGCUUCAGAAUUGAUUGCUCAAGUAAAGCCAUUGUUCAUUGCGUGA